GUGACUUGCCAAAGCAGUGACGAAAAGCCUGAUAGAUCGUUGCUCCGGCGAGGAGGCUACUGUAGCCUAUAUUUGGCUCUGACUGGUAGACGCAGCUACAGCACUAAGCUCCUCACAUUCAGCACCUGGAGAAUGAGGACCAGUACACUGGGCAUGGUUGGGAAUUUUUAAUGGACCGAUGGCUUUUGCAUGUUGAGGAGUGGGUGAACAGAUGUUAUUAUUUCGCGCAAUGUGUUUAAACGACACAUCAUUGCUUUGCGAAUGUUCCACAAUUCAAGUCGAGGACUCUUUACGUUGCUGCUGAUGCUGUUGGAGUGGACCAGACCAGGCCUACCGUCUCCCCUGCGGCCGAUCUGUGACCUGCGGGUCCUAAAACACUUCAUUGAAGAGGCCAGAGAUGCCCAAGCAGCCAUGCUGACUUGUAAAGAAGGAUGUGGUCUUCCAGAGCCCGUCACUGUUCCCCAAACCAAAGUAGACUUCAGCAUCUGGGAGAGGAAAAAUGCACUGGAGCAAGCUCAGGAGGUACAGUCUGGCCUGUGGCUGUUAAACCAGGCCAUUGGCUCGCUACGAGCCUCCGUCACCAACACAGCGUUGCAAAGCCACAUAGACAACAGCCUCAUAAACAUCUUCAGAAUAGGAAAGGUGCUGCACAGCCUCAACAUCCAGGAGUGCAACCCUCCAGCAGGAGGAGUGUCUGGAGGAGAGGAGACAUGGCGGGUGUCGUCUGCUUCAGAGCUGCUUCAGGUCCACGUCAACUUCCUGCGAGGCAAGCUGCAGCUCUUGCUGUCCAACGCGCCCAUCUGCCACUAGGGCGGCAGCUGAUUGGGGCUCUCCGAGGCGGGGCCGAGUUGAUUGGAUCUUCCCGAGGCAGGGGGUGGGAUCUGACACUAUUGACCCUGCUUGUUGCCAGGUAGAACUCUAAAAGAUGAGUGGGUGGACAAGAUCUUCACAGGAGAGAAUUAAGCUAUAUGGACAGAACAGUUCCUAUUGGACUUUAAAAGGAAAAGAGCAGGUAGCACCUUGAACAUGGAGAUGAGGGAAGUAUGUGGUUAAGAAAUCACACACCGAAAAGGAAUGGGGCCUACAGAAUACACAGCUCCACAGCUCUUUAAUGGGCACUCUUCAGCACUUUGUGUGUGUCUGUAUGUCUUUUAGCAUGAGUGUGAUUCUGUGGCCCCUACUGCAAUGGAAUGUGACUUCUCAUCGCCAAGCCUGCGUAAUCGACGCAGAUUGCACAUGACGACACCUUGUUGGAGUUCUACUCAACUGUCAUUGACUGCCAAUCAAAUACCAGAAUGAGGGGGCCUAGCCUGUACCACAAACUCUUCAAACACCACCUGCCUCGUUCUUAACACAAAACACUUCUCCAACUGCUGUCUAUCAGUGUCCUCAUAUGUAUUAUAUAUUGCUAAUGUAAUUACUUAUUUAUAGAGAUUUAUAUUUUUACUUUUAAGCUCCAGUUACAGUCAUGACUAUAGUAUUAUGAGAGAUAUACUGUAACUAGGAGCUAGAGACCACAGUUGAGCUCUAACGAUUGACCAUAAUUACUGUAUACCACCACUGAACAUUGUUGUUAAGAUAUUUGUACAAGUCAAUAUCCAACUGUUCACUGUCUGUUACCCUUUGUAGAAGAAAUGAUCUGUGUGUUUGUAUGUACUGUAUGUGUGAGAGAGUACCUGUUUGAAUGAGUUUUAUACAACUCCUUAUAACCCUAUUGAAUGGACUAGAGGGGGGAAGAAACAGAAGGUUCAGUCGGUUGAAGGAGGAAAAGAUUGAGCGGAAGAGGGAGAGGGGGCUUACGUGAGAACUCCGAAGCUAUGCUGUGAUUAUCAGUGUCUGGUUUAUGCACACCAGCACUCAAAUAGAGCUUCGACGCAGAUAGCAUGACUGCCAGGAAAAAUAUUGAUUGGUUCUCAUGAUGAACAUCCUGCAUGCCUCUCUCUCGCCUUCAUUCAAGCAGCAGCCAAUCAAGCGCAAUCCUGGGAACCUUUGGAGUCGCUGACGUUGGGGAUUCUUCCAAUGUCGGGAUUAGUGUUUUUCUCCUGUGUUUUGUUUCCCGUAUUAAAAGUCUUGCAGAUGUUUGUACAUGUUUUUUCCUGUUUGUUUCAGAUGUUUUGUCCCUUCUAUUACACUGCCAUUUGGUAUUUAAAUACAAAAUAUUAUUCUUAGAUUAAAAGGAUGGAUGAAAACAACGUAAGAGGAAGUUUGUCUGUGUGAUAAGUGCCUCUCUUUUGAAGUCCAGAUAUAUCUGGUGUUGAAAGAAGGCCUUGUUUUGGGGUUGCAUACUUAGCAACAGUUCAAAUGAAAUCAGGUAGAAAACAUGGGUAUUGUUCAAUUUCAAACUCAAAUCACGGUUCAAUAGUUUCACAUACCUAAAACAUGCAUUGUGCAAAUGAAGCAUUCUAUUGUUACCUAGUGGAAAUUCACUGUUACUAUGCCUGAAAAAAUGACUGGAUUAUAGUUUUGCACUUUAAUGUUUUAUUAAAUAAACCAGUACUUUUCUCAAUCUAUUUUAUGGCACAUAAAAAAAAACUAGAUUGAAAAUGUACAAUAAAUACUGUAUAUACAUGUUCAAAUACUGAAAAACAAAAUGUGGCCAAAGUCAAAUAAAAAAAUAACGUU